GCUCUUGCCUGCUCCUCCGUCUAGCCGCCAUGUUGUCGGAGUGAAAGCCUGGGGUGUCACAGAGAAACUGGGGCCGAAAUCCGCGACCAUCCACCCUCUCCGCCGGCUGUGGUGGAAUGAGCAGUGUGUGUGUGUUGAAGAGGAAAGCAGUGCUCUGGCAGGAUUCAUUCAGCCCCCACCAUAGAACUACAUCUCCCAGCAUGCCUGUGGUGCUGAGCAGCGGAGGACAUGCCCCACCAACUGGGCAGACCCCUCAGGCCACACCCCCCAGCCAGCAGGGUGUGGCGGGUGCUGGACGUUCCCAGGAUGAUGCCAUGGUAGACUAUUUCUUCCAGCGGCAGCAUGGUGAACAGCCUGGCAAACAUCGCUGGCCCACUGGAGACAACAUCCAUGACAGCCAGGUGCGAUCCAUGGACGAGUUGAACCACGACUUUCAGGCUUUGGCUCUGGAAGGACGCGCCAUGGGAGAGCAGCUGCUAACUGGUAAGAAGUUCUGGGAGACGGAUGACUCUGGGAAGGAUGGACCAAAAGGGAUCUUCCUGGACCAGUGGAGGGACAGCGCAUGGGGUGCCUCAGAUCACUCAGUGUCUCAGCCAAUCAUGGUGUCCCGUCGGCCAGGGCAGGGUUUCCAUGGCGGAGGUGAAGUUGGGGUGGGCUCGGUGAUGUCACCGCGGUCUGAGAGUGGAGGGUUGGGAGUUAGCAUGGUGGAGUACGUCCUCUCCUCCUCACCAGCUGACAAACUGGAUUCCUGCCUCCGAAAAGGACCCUAUGGGCAGAGGGAUGGAGAGGUUGAGGAGGAGAAGAGGGAGAAGCCAAAGGCAACGUUUGAGGGAGAGAAACUGAAAGAGUUGACAGAAGGUGAAGCUGAUGUCAUCAGCGACGUCAUCAACCCCAAUGGGCUGCCUGUGCAGAACGGCCUGGAUGUGGAUGUCAAAGAGUUUGGUCGUCCCCCAGGCAACAUGCCGGCCCCUGGCCCCGAGGGUGACCUGCUUGGGGGUCCCGGGGGUGUAGGGGCUGAGGGCCUGACACCCUUGGGAGGUGGUGGAGGCCCCAAGCCCCCUGAAGACUUCUCUGGUGUAGAACAGGGUGGUGUCACCAUGGACCCCAUGGAGUCAGUGAUGGAGCCGCUUCAGUUUGACUACAACUCCCAGAUGCCCAUGGACUCAGCGCCCACUGUCGGUCUAUUUGACUACACUAACCAGCAGCAGCUGUUUCAGAGAAACAACGCUCUAGCGGUGCAGCAGUUAACAGCAGCCCAGCAGCAGCAGUACGCCUUGGCAGCAGCACAGCAGCCUCACAUUGGUUUGGCCCCAGCAUUUGUGCCCAAUCCUUACAUCAUCAGUGCUGCACCACCUGGGACAGACCCGUACGCGGCCGGCCUAGCAGCAGCAGCUACACUCGGUCCGGCAGUGAUGCCUCCCCAGUACUACGGUGUGACCCCCUGGGGGGUCUACCCUGCCAACCUUUUCCAGCAGCAAGCUGCUGCAGCCAACAACUCGGCCAAUCAGCAGGCAGCAGGCCAGGGCCAGCAGAACCAACAGCAGGUGAUGCGUGCUGGGGGCAACCAGCGACCUCUGACCCCCAGCCAAGGCCAGCAGGGUCAGCAGAAUGACCAGCUGGUUGCAGCAGCAGCAGUCAACUCAGCCCUCGCCUUUGGGCAGGGGUUAGCAGCAGGAGUCCCUGGGUACCCAGUCUUGGCCCCUGCAGCCUACUAUGAUCAGACAGGGGCCCUCGUGGUCAAUACUGGAGCUAGGAGUGGCCCUGUCCGUCUCAUGGCCCCUGCCUCUGUCAUCAUAUCUCCUUCUGCAGCACAAGCAGUUGCAGCAGCAGCAGCAUCUGCAGGUGGUGCCAACGGUGGUCUUGGCGGUGGGGCCAAUGGUCCAUUCCGUGCCAUGACGUCCCAGCAGCCUCAGCAGCAGGGUGGCCCUGGUGGCGCUCUGGGAGGGAGCUCCUUCUAUGGAUCAUCCUCCCUCAGCUCCUCCUCCCAGAGCUCCUCUCUUUUCUCACAAGGCUCUGCCCAGCCUGGACCCGGGUCUGCCUCCUUGGGCUUCAGCCAGCCUGCCUCCUCCUCCCUUGGCGCUACUCUGGGGGCCACGCUGGGAGGCUUUGGCACUGCAGUGGCCAACUCAAGUGGUGGCAGUGGGUCCAGGCGGGACUCCCUGACAGGCAACAAUGAGCUGUACAAACGCACGCCCUCCAGCCUCACCCCAAUCGGCCAUGGAGGCUUCUAUAACGGCACCUUGGGCUUCAGUCCUUCCCCUGGCCCUGUGGGCAUGCCCCUGCCCAACCAGGGCCCAUCCCAUUCCCUCACACCCCCACCUUCCCUGUCCAAUCACAGCUCCUCGUCCAACCUCAAUCUUGGAGGCCUGACCAACGGCAGCGGGCGUUUCAUCUCUGCUGCCCCAGGAGCGGAGGCCAAGUACCGCAGCGCUGCCAGCUCAGGCUCCUCCCUCUUUUCACCCAGCAGCCAGCUGUUCCCGUCGUCACGGCUACGCUACGGCAUGUCGGAUGUGAUGCCAUCAGGUCGGAGCCGUCUCCUGGAGGACUUCAGGAACAACCGUUACCCCAACCUGCAGCUCCGAGACAUCGCUGGCCACAUCAUGGAGUUCAGCCAGGACCAGCACGGCAGCAGGUUUAUCCAGUUGAAACUGGAGCGAGCCAGUUCAGCAGAACGCCAGCUUGUCUUCAGUGAGAUACUGCAGGCUGCCUACCAGCUUAUGGUCGACGUCUUUGGAAAUUACGUCAUCCAGAAGUUCUUUGAGUUCGGCAGCCUGGACCAGAAGCUGGCUCUGGCAGAGAGGAUCCGAGGUCAUGUGCUGUCCCUGGCCCUGCAGAUGUACGGCUGCAGGGUCAUUCAGAAAGCUCUGGAGUUCAUCCCUUCGGAUCAGCAGGUCAUUAGUGAGAUGGUGCGGGAGCUGGAUGGCCAUGUGUUGAAGUGUGUGAAGGACCAGAAUGGUAACCAUGUGGUGCAGAAGUGUAUUGAGUGCGUCCAGCCUCACGCGCUGCACUUCAUCAUAGACGCCUUUAAGGGACAGGUUUUUGCCCUCUCCACUCACCCUUAUGGCUGCCGAGUCAUUCAGCGCAUUCUUGAACACUGCCUUCCUGAACAGACGCUGCCUAUACUGGAGGAGCUCCAUCAACACACAGAGCAGCUAGUGCAGGACCAGUAUGGCAACUAUGUGAUCCAGCACGUUUUGGAGCAUGGCCGAGCUGAGGAUAAGAGCAAGAUAGUGGCGGAGAUCAGAGGCAACGUACUGGGGCUCAGCCAGCACAAGUUUGCUAGUAAUGUGGUGGAGAAGUGUGUGACCCACGCGUCGCGGGCAGAACGGGCGGUACUGAUAGACGAAGUGUGCAGCCUGACUGAGGGCCCCCACAGUGCCUUAUACACCAUGAUGAAGGACCAGUACGCCAACUACGUGGUGCAGAAGAUGAUUGACGUUGCUGAGCCCACCCAGCGCAAGAUCGUAAUGCACAAGAUCCGGCCCCAUAUCUCCACCCUGAGGAAGUAUACCUAUGGAAAACACAUCCUGGCCAAGCUGGAGAAGUACUAUAUGAAGAACGGUGUUGACCUGGGUCCUCUCUGCGGCCCACCUAACGGCAUCAUGUAAUUCAGU